AGCAGCGGCAGCGCAGUCCAUUGUGCCGGCGGGCGGGGACUGGGGCGCGCACACGCAGCGCUGGAGCCCCGAGCCAGCUGCCCUGCGUCCUGCCGCCGCCACCUCGGCCGGCCUAGAGAAGAUCCAAGGAAGUCAAAUGCAGUGAUUGUAGCCAACUGCAGCCUCAAAGAAAGGUGUAAAUCUGUCCACACUACAGAACUUGAUGCUGCCCAAAACUUUUUAAACUCAGUUCAAGUGGGAAUGCUUGCUGUUUCUACCACAAGGCUUUAAAUUUGGUGAGUCAGAAGAAUAAACUGAAGGAUGCCAUCUGAGAGGUGCCUCAGUAUUCAAGAAAUGCUGACAGGUCAGAGGCUUUGCCAGUCCAAUUCUCAUAAUGAUGCUGUCUUGGCAGCCCUGAACCAACAGAGAAGUGAUGGCAUACUCUGUGAUGUCACUCUCAUUGCAGAGGAACAGAAAUUCCAUGCACAUAAGGCAGUCCUUGCAGCUUGCAGUGACUACUUCCGAGCAAUGUUCAGUCUCUGUAUGCUUGAAAGUGGAGCUGAUGAGGUGAAUCUGCAUGGUGUCACAAGCCUAGGUUUAAAGCAGGCCUUGAAUUUUGCAUACACAGGACAGAUUCUCCUGGAGCCAGGAGUAAUUCAGGAUGUACUGGCAGCUGGGAGCCACCUACAGCUGCUGGAGCUCCUCAGCUUAUGUUCUCACUAUCUUGUCCAGGAAUUAAAUAGCUUUAAUUACUUGGACUUGUAUAAACUUGCUGACCUCUUUAAUCUCACAUUGCUGGAGAAGGCAGUGGUUGACUUCUUAGUAAAACACCUGUCUGAGUUGUUGAAGAGUCACCCUGAGGAAGUCCUGGCUCUGCCAUACUGUCUCCUUCGAGAAGUCCUGAAGAGCGACCGACUCACUUCACUAAGUGAACUGCAAAUCUGGCAGCUAGCCGUGAGGUGGUUGGAACACAAUUGCCGCUAUCAGUACAUGGAUGAACUUCUCCAGUACAUCCGCUUUGGCCUUAUGGAUGUGGAUACACUGCAUGCUGUCGCUCUUUCUCAUCCACACGUGCAAGCUAGUGAAACUGCAACGGCUCUUAUUAACGAGGCUCUGGCAUACCACCAGAGCAUCUAUGCACAGCCAGUUUGGCAGACUAGAAGGACAAAACCUCGCUUCCAGUCAGACACCCUGUACAUUAUUGGUGGCAAAAAACGUGAGAUCUGUAAAGUAAAAGAACUCCGGUACUUCAAUCCAGUCGAUCAGGAGAAUGUUCAUAUAGCAGGGAUUGCAAACUGGAGUGAACUGGCUCCCAUGCCGGUUGGGAGGAGUCACCACUGUGUAGCUGUCAUGGGGGACUUCCUAUUUGUAGCUGGUGGAGAGGUUGAGCAUGCCACAGGACGUACUUGUGCGGUAAGGACUGCCUGUCGCUAUGAUCCCCGUAGUAACUCUUGGGCUGAAAUAGCUUCAAUGAAGAACUGCCGGGAACAUUUUGUAUUGGGCACUGUGGAUGAGUACCUUUUUGCAGUAGGGGGCAGAAAUGAACUGCGCCAAGUUUUGCCUACGGUCGAGCGAUAUUGUCCCAAGAAGAACAAGUGGACCUUUGUACAGUCCUUUGACCGAUCCCUUUCAUGUCAUGCAGGAUGUGUGGUGGACGGUCUUCUUUGGAUAUCAGGAGGAGUAACAAACACUGCGCAAUACCAAAGCAGGCUAAUGGUGUAUGAUCCAAUGCAGAAUAAGUGGCUGAGCCGCAGCCCCAUGUUGCAGAGGAGAGUGUACCACUCCAUGGCUGCUGUCCAAAGGAAGCUUUAUGUUUUAGGUGGGAAUGAUCUGGACUAUAAUAAUGAUCGAAUUCUCGUACGUCACAUAGACUCUUACAACAUUGACACCGACCAAUGGAUGCGCUGCAGCUUCAACAUGCUGACAGGUCAAAAUGAAUCUGGAGUUGCAGUCCACAAUGGAAGAAUAUAUUUAGUUGGUGGCUAUUCGAUUUGGACAAAUGAGCCUUUGGCAUGUAUCCAGGUGCUGGAUGUUAGCAAGGAAGGAAAAGAAGAAGUAUUCUAUGGGCCUACACUUCCUUUUGCUUCCAACGGGAUAGCUGCAUGCUUCCUUCCAGCUCCUUACUUCACAUGCCCCAACCUCCAAACUUUGCAAGUGCCUCACCACAGGAUUGGCACUAUAUGAGGAAAGGAAUACAAAGUUCAUAAGAGGAGAAGGGGGGAAAACAGUACUUUUUGAUCAAGCAAGAGAAUUAUUCAGUUUAAGCUGCUUCUUUGUCUUUUACACAUUUGUCUUAAAGUCAGCUAAUGGUAGGCAAAAUAAGUAUUUUUGUCAAAAAUGGCCCCACAGAAAUCAGUCUACACAGCUGCUUCCCUUUUCCAUGUGUUAGGAGCGUAUACGUUUAUGCCAAUAUAUGACUGGCAAUUUUUUACUGGGCAACAACUUGUUCUAAGUUCUUCAUACAACUUUGACAGGCAUUUUGAGGUGAGUGCCCUCAACAACCUACCUGGGGUGUUGUUCUUUGGAGGCUGAGCUUUCAGUGGUUUACCAGCGGCACUUUUCAAAGACAUUACAAUAUAGUGUUAACGUUGACAAGGACGAUAUAAUACUAUGCUAAUUAUGCAACUUAAUACCUAUGGCAAAAAGGAUAACAAAUUAAUUGACCUUCAGUUCCAAACCUCAUUGCUACAGUUUUUCAUUUACACAACUUUUGUUGAAAUUUAUAGAUACUGUGAAGCUCAUUUAAGCAAAAAAAAGGAUAUAUUAAAAACAUGUAUAAAAAGACUGUUUGCUCUUACCAUAAAGAAAGCGGGACUGCGGUUUCAAUGGCUAUCAUUGUAUAAAUCUUUUCUUAAUCAGUUUGUCCAAGAAAUGAAAGAAAGAUCAUUCUGUAUGUCAUUCACCAAGGUCUACUAUUAAAUAAAUGUUAUCAUGCAUCAUACAACCAA